AUGCGUUCCACGCAGAAACCACCACCACAUCCCCCUCAACUCAGUGGUUUGAGAUUGCGUCACCGCCGUGAUUCGUUAUUCGUCGUAUUUUCCGCCGUCAUUGUUCAAAGUCAAAGUCCAACCAUGGAGGAAGCAAAGGCCAUCAUUGCAACACAGAAUCAGCAUCAUCAUCAUCAUCAGUGCACCUGUGCUAUCCAUGCGCCGAAUCUCUCAUCCAAUCCGGCGUCGCUAUCCGGCUAUGGCGUGUCCCCAGGCGAGCCUGCAAGCGUGAGUGUUGAUUCGUGCAAGUGCCGGGACAUCCCGGCUUGUGUGGUCUGCUCACCAGGAACACGGACUCCAGAAAAGGAAUCUGCAGAGCCUGUCUUUGGAACAGAGUCUUGCUGCGAGGAUGAUGGGUCUAGGCAGUCUGAGGAAUAA